AUGCCGCGCUUACGGACGUCGCGAUCCACACCGCCACCGGAAGGCUUUGACGAGAUCCAAGACAUGCUCGACGAAUACGACCGCAAGAUGCGCCAUGCCGAAACACAAGACACACAAGCCAAGCGGAAAGUCGAGACACUGUGGCCCAUCAUCCAAAUCAACCACACGCGAUCUCGCUACAUCUACGACCUCUACUACAAACGCGAGGCAAUCUCCAGAGAGUUGUACGACUGGUUGUUAAAGUACCAGUAUGCCGAUGCAAACUUGAUAGCAAAAUGGAAACGGACAGGCUACGAAAAGUUGUGUUGCGUCCGCUGCAUCCAGUCAAGAGACAUGAACUACCAAGGAUCAACGUGCAUCUGUCGCGUACCAAGCGCACAACUCCGACCGGGGACCGUGGUCGAAUGCGUACAUUGCGGCUGUCGUGGGUGCAGUUCAUCCGACUGA